UCCUCCUCCCUCUUCUUCCCCCCUUCCCUCGCCGGCGGAUAGAGAGAAUGUCUUUCAACGGCUUCUACAUCAACCGCACCUCGCUGGACAUCCAGGCCGAGCAGUACCGCACCAAGGCCAUCGACUGGGAUGUCUUCCCGGAUGUCGACACCACCAUCAUCAAGAAGUAUGACCAGCUGAACCCGGCCCAGCGCGCCAAGUUCCUGGAGGAGUACUCCACCCCUCUGCUGACCGCCCUCCUUGGCUUCACCACCAAGGGCGUCCAGUACUAUGAGGCCAUCCUGUACACUCUUCUCCUGAUUGAGGACAUCGUUGAGCGCAUGCCCAACACCGCCGGCUACUUCAUCAAGCUCCAGCAGGAGAACGCCAACCUCCCCUUCGGUGCCCUGCUCCACAACUUCGAGCAGCCCAACGACCAGAUCAUGCAGAAGGCCUCGCGCCUGAUCGCCACCCUGGUCACCUCGCAGGUCCCCAUGUCCUCGGAGGACUACUCGCGCUUCCUGAACAUCCUCCUGUCGCUGCUGAACCCCGAUGCCUCGGGCCACCGCGACGGCUCGUCGAUGAUCGCCCCGGAUCUGCGCCUGGAGAUCGUCCUCCAGUCGAUCACUCUGCUCCUGCUGAACGACGCCUUCCGCGUGGACUUCUACGAGUACAAGGGUGCCGACAGCCUGGUCAAGUUCUUCGAUCUUUCUCUCUCGGCCCAGACCCAGUACUACAUUAUCUUCUGCCUGUGGCUGCUGUGCUUCAACCAGAGCAUUGCCCAGAAGAUCAAGGAGCUCGGCAUCGUCCCGAUCCUGACCAACCUCAUCAAGUCCACCGUCAAGGAGGGCCACAUUCGUGUCAUCCUGGCUACCUUCCGUAACCUCAUCGAGAAGGCCCCCGAGGAGAACAUCGGCCCGAUGAUGGACAACAAGCUGCUCACCGUCUGCAACUCCCUGUCCACCCGCACCUUUACCGAUGAGGAUGUGGUCGCCGACCUGCAGUUCAUCACCGAGGAGCUCAAGAAGAACGACUACGUUCUCAGCUCCUUCGAGGAGUUCGCCGCCGAGAUCCGCUCCACUCGUCUUGACUGGUCCCCGGCCCACACCUCCGAGACCUUCUGGUCCAACAACAUUGAGAACAUCAACAGCAACAGCUACGAGCUGAUCCGCCUGCUCCACAGCAUCCUCGAGCACUCGAGCGAUGACAAGUCCCUGGCCGUCGCCUGCCACUACUUCGGCCAGUAUGUCAACGUCUACCCCCGCGGCAAGGAUGUCCUCACGCGCCUCGGCAGCAAGGACGUCCUCCUGCGCCACCUGACCCACACCUCGCAGGUGGUCAAGUACGAGGCCCUCCUGGCCCUGCAGAAGUUCAUGGUGUCCAACUGGGGCGCCCUCAACGAGCAGGUCGUCGCCCCGGAGGGAUCCUCCGCUUCCUUCCGCGCGUGAGAGAAGCACCCGUUCCCCCGGCGUGUGCAUGUGCAUGUGCAUGUGCAUGGCUGUGUAUGUGUGUGGGUGUGGGUGUGUCUGUGUGUGUGGGUGUGUGUUCGCGUGUGUGCGUGCGUGCGUGCGUGUUGUCGCGUGGUCGCCCGUGCAACUGGGGGGGUCUCCCCGCCCGACGCGCCAGGAAGCGGGGGGUUAGAGCAAAGGGCGAGGCCUUCCUUCUCCCUCCCCCCUCUCCAUGUCCUUGUCCCCCUUGCACUUCCUCGUGGCUCCUUCCCCCCGCCCCUCUCCCCCUCCGCCCCUCCCUCCCUCCCUCCCCCACUGUUCGUGUCUCUCCCGACCUUUUGCCAUCCAGUCCUUCUCCCUCCCCUCCCCCCCCCCUC